AUGGACAGAAAUCUGAAUGCUUUGAGGAGGGAGUUAGUGGAUGUGCAGGGGGUCCCCCUCUUCUGGGGCAUUGCCGAGGAGUGGGCUCAGGUGGAGUCAUUUGAGGCCCGCCCAGAUGACCUGCUGAUCUCCACCUACCCCAAGUCUGGAACAACCUGGAUCAGUGAAAUACUGGAUUUGAUCUAUAACAAUGGGGAUGUAGAAAAAUGUAAAAAGGAUGCAAUAUAUAAACGAGUGCCUUUCAUGGAAUUUAUAAUCCCAGGAAUCUCAAAUGGUGUGGAGCAGUUGAACAAAAUGCAGUCUCCCCGGUUGGUAAAAACACAUCUACCCGUUGAUCUUCUCCCUUCUUCAUUUUGGAAGAAUGAUUGCAAGAUGGUCUACAUGGCACGGAAUGCCAAAGAUGUGGCUGUAUCUUACUAUUAUUUCUACCAGAUGGCAAAAAUGCAUCCAGACCCAGGCACCUGGGAGGAGUUCCUGGAGAAAUUUAUGGCUGGGAAGGUAUGCUUUGGUUCCUGGUAUGACCAUGUGAAGGGCUGGUGGGAGAAAAGAAAAGAUUAUCGCAUCCUUUACCUAUUUUAUGAAGAUAUGAAAGAGGAUCCAAAGCUUGGAAUGCAGAAGUUGUUACAGUUUCUAGAGAAAGACAUGCCAGAACAAACCGUGGAUAAAAUCAUUUAUCAUAGCUCUUUCAAUGUGAUGAAGCAGAACCCUACUGCAAAUUAUACUACAAUGGGGAAAGAACUGAUGGAUCAUUCUGUGUCUCCUUUCAUGAGAAAAGGUAUUUCAGGAGACUGGAAAAAUCAAUUCACUGUAGCUCAGUAUGAGAGAUUUGAAGAUGAUUAUACAAAGAAAAUGGAAGAGUCUACACUGCAGUUUCGGUCAGAGCUCUAA